AGACCCCGGAGUCCCACCCGCGCCUGGGCUCGGACAGGGCGCGCGGCCCGGGCUCCCAGCCCCGGGGGCCGUCCUCGCCCCGCGCCUGCCCACGCCUUCCCCGUCCCCAAAGAGGACACCCCUCCUUCCGCCCGGCGCGCUCCCCACCCUCGCCGCGGCGCCGCCUCCCCCGCGCUUGCCCGGAGCCUCCCAGGCCGCCAGCGAGCGAGGGGAGCGCUCUGGGAUGGGACUUGGAGGCGGCGGCGGCGGAGGCAGCGGCCUGGGCUUCUUGCUCGGCUCCCACGAGCGACCCCCGAGGAGAGCCGCGGCCCUCGGCCAGGCGAGAAGGCCAACGACCAGGACCGGGGUGGCCGCGCCCCUGUCUCGCUUCCCAGGCUCGGGCCAUGGAGGCUGCAGUGGAGAAGAUGCUGGCAGGCUGCUUGCUGCUGAUCCUGGGACAGAUCCUCCUCCUCCCUGCUGAGGCCAGAGAGCGGCCGCACGCCAGGCCCUUCUCCAGGGGCAGAACCGCUCGGACCCACCCCCAGACGGCCCUCCUCGAGGGCUCCUGUGGGAAUAAGCGAGCAGACCUGGUCUUCAUCAUCGACAGCUCCCGCAGCGUCAACACCCACGAUUAUGCAAAAGUUAAGGAGUUCAUUGUGGACAUCUUGCAGUUCUUGGACAUCGGACCCGACGUCACACGGGUCGGCCUGCUCCAGUAUGGCAGCACAGUCAAGAAUGAGUUCUCCCUCAAGACCUUCAAGAGGAAGUCUGAGGUCGAGCGAGCCGUCAAGAGGAUGAGGCAUCUGUCCACGGGUACCAUGACAGGGCUGGCCAUCCAGUAUGCUCUGAACAUUGCAUUCUCGGAAGCUGAAGGGGCCCGGCCCCUGCGGGAGAAUGUGCCCCGCGUCAUAAUGAUUGUGACAGAUGGAAGGCCACAGGACUCAGUGGCGGAAGUGGCUGCCAAGGCACGGGACACGGGCAUCCUGAUAUUUGCCAUCGGUGUGGGCCAGGUGGACCUUAACACACUGAAGGCCAUUGGGAGUGAGCCCCACGAGGACCACGUCUUCCUGGUGGCCAACUUCAGCCAGAUCGAGUCGCUGACAUCUGUGUUCCAGAACAAGUUGUGCACCGUCCACAUGUGCAGCGUCCUGGAACAUAACUGUGCCCACUUCUGCAUCAACACCCCAGGAUCGUACGUCUGCAGGUGCAAACAAGGGUACAUCCUCAACUCGGAUCAGACGACUUGCAGAAUCCAGGAUCUGUGUGCCACGGAGGACCACGCGUGUGAGCAGCUCUGCGUGAACGUGCCGGGCUCCUUUGUGUGCCAGUGCUACAGUGGCUACAACCUGGCGGAGGACGGGAAGAAGUGUGUAGCUGUGGACUACUGUGCUUCGGAAAAUCACAGCUGCGAACAUGAGUGUGUAAAUGCUGACAGCUCCUACGUUUGCCGAUGUCGUGAAGGAUUUGCUCUUAACCCAGAUAAGAAGACGUGCACAAAGAUAGACUACUGCGCCUCGCUUAAUCACGGCUGUCAGCACGAGUGUGUCAACACAGACCACUCCUACACCUGCCGCUGCCUGAGGGGCUUCACCCUGAAUCCAGACAAGAAGACGUGCCGCCGGAUCAACUACUGCGCUCUGAACAAGCCCGGCUGUGAGCACGAAUGUGUUAACACAGAGGAGAGCUUCUACUGCCGCUGCCGCCGGGGCUACAGCCUGGACCCCAACGGCAAGACCUGCAGCCGGGUGGACCACUGUGCGCAGCAGGACCACGGCUGUGAGCAGCUGUGUCUGAACACGGAGGAGUCCUUCGUCUGCCAGUGCUCAGAAGGCUUCCUCAUCAACGAGGACCUCAAGACCUGCUCCCGGGUGGACUACUGCCUGCUGAGCGACCACGGCUGUGAGUACUCCUGCGUCAACACAGACAGAUCCUUCGCCUGCCAGUGUCCGGAGGGGCACGUGCUACGCAGUGAUGGCAAGACCUGUGCAAAAUUGGAUGCGUGUGCUCUGGGGGACCAUGGCUGCGAGCAUUCCUGUGUAAGCAAGGAGCACUCGUUUGUGUGCCAGUGCUUUGAAGGGUAUCUACUCCGCGAAGACGGGAAGACCUGCAGAAGGAGAGAUGUCUGCCGAGACACGGAGCACGGCUGUGAACACAUCUGCGUGAACCGUGGCGACUCGUACAUCUGCAGGUGCUUGGAGGGGUUCCGGCUCGCUGAGGACGGGAGACGCUGCAGAAGGAAGGACAUCUGCAAAUCCACCCAGCACGGCUGCGAGCACGCAUGCGUGAAUCAGGGUGACUCCUACGUCUGCAAGUGCUCAGAGGGGUUUGUUCUCGCCGAGGACGGAAGACGGUGCAAGAGAUGCACUGAAGGCCCACUGGACCUGGUCUUUGUGAUCGACGGAUCCAAGAGCCUCGGAGAAGACAACUUUGAGAUUGUGAAGCAGUUCCUCACGGCCAUUAUAGAUUCCUUGGCAGUCUCCCCCAAAGCUGCCAGGGUGGGGCUGCUCCAGUACUCCACGCAGGUCCGUGCCGAGUUUACCCUGAGGAGCUUCAGCACGGCCAAAGACAUGAAGAAAGCUGUGGCCCACAUGAAAUACAUGGGCAAGGGCUCCAUGACGGGGCAGGCCCUGAAACACAUGUUCGAAAGGAGUUUCACCCAACUGGAAGGGGCCAGGCCUCUCUCUGCACGGGUACCCCGAGUGGCCAUCGUGUUCACCGACGGACGGGCUCAGGAUGACGUCUCCGAGUGGGCCAAUAAGGCCAAGGCCAAUGGUAUCACCAUGUAUGCUGUUGGGGUGGGGAAAGCCAUAGAGGAGGAACUACAAGAGAUCGCCUCUGAGCCCACAGACAAGCAUCUCUUCUACGCUGAAGACUUCAGCACGAUGAACGAGAUAAGCGAGAAACUGAAGAUGGGCAUCUGUGAAGCUCUAGAAGACGCUGAUGGAAGACAAGACUCCCCAGCAGGGAAUCCACCAAAGAGGGGUCACCAGCCAACAGAAUCUGAGCCCGUCACCAUAAAUAUCCGAGACCUCCUUUCCUGUUCUAAUUUUGCAGUGCAGCAUAGGUACCUGUUUGAAGAAGACAGUCUGUCACGGACGACUCAAAAACAUUUCCAUUCAACAACAUCUCCAGGAAGCCAUCUGGAUGAAAAACACGACCAGUGCAAAUGUGAAAACCUGAUCAUGUUCCAGAACCUUGCGAACGAAGAAGUAAGAAAAUUAACACAGCGCCUAGAAGAAAUGACACAGAGAAUGGAAGCCUUGGAAAACCGCCUGAGAUACAGAUGAAGAUGAGAAAUGAUCUAUUUGCAUGUCAUUGCAUCAAGGGUCCCAAGGAAAGUAGUUCAGAGCCCCAGAGCUCAGGCUAUUGUUAAGUCUGUAACAAAGCAAAGCAUAAAAAACGAAGCCAACAUAGCCAGUUCUGAGAAAGCGGGUUUGCUGCAGAACAGAGACAAACAGGAGACACGGACUUGUGUAAACUUAUUUAGAAAACUAUCUUUGAGAGUUCUAAGAUGAGUUUACCAAGGGAGAGUAAAUAAGCUAUACAAGGCGUUUUGUAAUAUGCUGUGGACAUGAUUUGCUUCCGCCUCGUGUUGCCUUAGUGUUGCAAUCUCAUUUGACUAUAAAAUAAAGUUUGCAGUCUGACUUCCGUGGAACACUGGCCAUAGGACAUGCUGUUUUUUUCGUAUUGGACUUUACCUUGAUAUAUGUAUAUGGAUUUAUGCAUAAAAUCAAAGGGCAUAUGUACUUGUGUAACAAGUUGGAUUUUUUUAUACAAUAUUAAAAUUCACCUCAACAAAUGGUA